AUGCCUUCUUACCUGAUUACCGGAACUUCUCGAGGACUCGGAUUUGAAUUCGUUCGCCAGCUGUCCGCUGACCCCAACAACACCGUCAUUGGAUUUGCCCGCAACAAGCAAGCGACCGAGGAAAAGAUUGAGCGAGAGCUGCCCGGCCGAUCCAACAUCCACACAAUUCAGGGAGAAAUUGAGAAGUAUGAGUCUGUCAAGAACCUGAUUGAUGAGACGUCGAAGAUCACAGGUGGUAGUCUCGAUUACAUCAUCGCCAAUGCUGCUUUGCAGUCUGAAUGGUCUGGAUAUAAUCCAAUUGGAGCGCUGGGCUCGGAUCCCGAGAAACUGGAGCAAGAGCUGCUCGACAACUUCAAAAUCAACACAGUUGGAAAUGUUCACCUUUUCAAUCUUGCCAUGCCACUAAUUCGCAAGGGUCAAGCCAAAAAGAUCAUUGGAAUCUCAUCUGGCCAUGCAGAUCCCGAUUUCAUCACCAAUUUCUCGAUUGUUGAUGCUGCACCUUACUCGAUGAGCAAGGGCGCCUUGAACAUUGCAAUUGCCAAGUUCGAUGCUCAGUACAGAAAGGAGGGAAUCUUGUUCAUGGCGAUUUCUCCAGGAGUCGUUGCCACUAAGGACAUGUCGAAUGCCACAGAAGAGCAGUUGAAGGGUUUUGCCGACAUGAUGGCGGCAUUUCAGGUGUACGCGCCAAACUUCACUGGACCAAUCACUCCUGAAGAGUCUGCCCAGCGUGUACUCUCUGUUGUGUACAAGGCUAGUAUCGAGUCUGGCAGCGGUGGCCAGUUUGUUUCGCACUUCGGUACUAAGCAGUGGCUCUAA